AUGGAAAGACUUAAAUCUCUUAAGAGUAUCCAUCAAAUUCCCAUUAUUGCCAUCCUAGAGCCUUUUUCUGAUAGCAUUCAGAUUCAGUACUUCAGAAAUCAACUCAACAUGGACCAUGCUAUUAGUAAUCCAAAUAGUAAGAUUUGGCUUUUUUGGACCAAGGAUGUAGACUGCAGGAUAUUGGAAAAUGAGGAGCAAUUGAUUACUUGUGAAUUUAAUCAUGUAAUGAAUCCAAAUCAGUUCAUAGUUACCUUUGUAUAUGCAAAAUGCAAAGAUCAUCUCAGAAGACCUCUGUGGGAUAGCAUGCUACAACAGUCAGCCACCUCCCUUCCAUGGUGCACAUUAGGUGAUUUCAAUGUUAUCACAGACCCUCAAGAAAAGUUGGGAGGUGUCACUUAUAAUAUGAAAAAGAGCCUUGAGUUCAUCAGCAUCAUAGAAGCCUGUGGACUACAAGAUCUUGGGUUUUGUGGUCAGAGAUACACUUGGUCUAAUCUAAGGGGUAUAAUGUUCAGAAUCUGGAAGAGACUUGACAGAGGAAUGGUCAACGAUAAGUGGCUAGAGAUGAUGCCUCAGACUACCAUUACUCAUCUACCCUCUGUGGGUUCAGAUCACUGCCCCUUACUGCUGGAGAUGACUGAUCAAAACCAACAACACACCAAAUAUUUCAAAUUCCUUAACUGCUGGACAGAACAACCAUCUUUCUUGGAUACUGUUAGUAAUUGCUGGAACAGGACCAUGGAGGGUAAUCCAAUGUGGUGUUUCCAUCAGAAAAUGAAGAGGUUGGCAGCCACUCUUAGUACUUGGUCCAGAUUGCAAUUUGGUGAUAUAUAUGCCAAAGUUAAAGAAUAUGAAGACAAGACUAGACAUGCAGAGGAAGAGCUAAUCUCUAGUAAUUCUGAAGAGAACAGAACAAAGCUCCAUGCCAUCAAUGCAGAGUAUAUAAAAUACCUGAAACUGGAGGAAUCCAUGCUAAAGCAAAAAACUCAGUUGCAUUGGUUCAAAGAGGGUGAUGUGAAUUCCAAGUAUUUUCAUGCCUUGAUAAGAGGAAGGAGGAGGAAAUUAUACAUCCAUAAGAUCCAGAAUGAGGAUGAUAAUUGGGUACAAGGUGAAGAAAACAUAGCCAAAGCUGCAUGUGAACACUUCCAAGCCAUUUUCACUGGUGAGGAGACACAAAUUCAGGAGCAUACCCUCCAAUGUAUUCCCAGGAUGGUCACUGAUGAGCAUAAUAAAAACCUGAAAGCUAUCCCUACAAUGGAGGAGUUGAGAACUGUAGUGUUUUUAAUGAAUCCCAAUUCAGCUGCUGGACCUGAUGGAAUGAAUGGCAAGCAUGGAUUCUUUCAUUCCAUAAGAGGCCUUAAGCAAGGGGAUCCAUUAUCACCAGCUUUGUUUAUCAUAGGUGCUGAAGUCCUCUCCAGGCUCAUGAACAACCUUCAUCAACACCCCCAAUAUCAUGGUUUCCUGAUGGCUAAAAAGGGCCCUCAAAUUAAUCAUCUCAGUUUUGCAGAUGACAUCAUCAUAUUCUUAUCUGGAAGAUCUCAUACCUUGAAGCUUAUCAUGGAGACACUACAUACCUAUGAGCAUGCUUCAGGCCAAUUGAUCAACAGAGACAAGAGUAACUUCAUGGUACCCUCAAAUGCAUUCAACUCUACUGUUAGAAGAAUCAAGAAAGUUACAGGCUUCAAGCAAAAGAACAGCCCUAUCACAUAUCUGGGGUGUCCUCUUUACAUUGGUAGACAGAGGAUCAUCUAUUAUUCUGAGCUUAUAGCUAAAGUUGUGGCUAGGAUAGCUGGAUGGCAGGCAAAAUUAAUUAGUUAUGGAGGAAGAGUUACUUUGAUUAAGCAUGUCAUCCAAGCACUUCCUAUUCACUUGUUAUCUGCUAGUUCCCCUCCUGCAACCACUAUCAAGCAAAUUCAAAGCAUCACAGCCAAUUUCUUCUGGGGAUGGAAGAAUGAAAGGAGGAAAUAUCAUUGGUCUUCUUGGAAGAAUCUGAGUUAUCCCUAUGAAGAGGGUGGUAUUGGAGUGAGACUAAUAUCAGAUGUUGCCAAGUCUUUCCAAUACAAACAAUGGUGGAUAUUCAGAACUAAGAAUUCCUUAUGGAGUGAGUUCCUCAAAGCUAAGUACUGUCAGAGGUCAAAUCCUAUAACCAAAAAAUGGUACACAGGACAGUCUCUGAUAUGGAAGCACCUCAUGAAGAACAAGCACAAUGUUGAGCCUCAUAUCCAAUGGCAGAUACAGUCUGGUUCUUGCCUCUUUUGGUGGGAUAAUUGGUUGGGAGUUGGCCCCUUAGCUAAUUUCAGGCCAGCCAGUAGUAGACAGAACAAUACUAAGGUGUCUUCUUUCAUGAUUAAUGGUCAAUGGAAUACAGAACUGGUCUAUCAGAAAGCACCUCCUCAGUUUGUACCUAGCAUCCUGGCAAGUAACAUCAACUAUCAGCCCCACAAACUUGAUCAGGCCUCUUGGAAGCCUAAUAGCAGUGGGGAAUUUAGUUGUUCUUCUGCCUGGGAACUUAUCAGGGACAAAAGGAGUAAGACAAGAAUUAACUCUCAAACAUGGCACAAACACAUUCCUUUUAAGUGUUCCUUCCUACUCUGGAGAGCACUUAGAGGGAAACUACCUACUAAUGAAAAACUUAUCAGCUUUGGAGAAGCCCCAGCCCAAUGUUACUGUUGCCAUAGAGCUGGUUUGGAUACCAUUGACCAUAUAUUUGUUUCUGGAAACCUUGCCAGGAAGGUUUGGAGUGUAUUUUCUGAUUCUCUGGGUAUUAGUAAAGAAUACACACCCCUUAGAAACCUGAUGAUGAGGUGGUGGUCCAGUAAUUACAGUAAUGAGGUCCAUAAACUUAUCUUACAAGCAACUCCAAUCUUCAUAUGUUGGAACUUAUGGAAAAAUAGAUGUGCCAUCAAAUAUGGAGGGAAGCAGUCCAAUAUUACAAGAGUGAUCUACUCAGUCUUCAAGGAUAACUUCAACCUUCUAAGCACUACCUACUCUUAUAUCAGCUGGCCAAAUAGAUGGAAGGAACUGGUCCUUCUUGUGGAAAAAUGUACUAAUGAAGUUAAUGUUAGUACUGUCUACUGGAGGAAACCUUCAGCUCACAUGGUGAAGCUGAACACUGAUGGUAGUGCACUUCACAACCCUGGAAAAAUAGGAGGGGGAGGAUUGCUAAGGAACAAUCAAGGAGAUCUUCUCUUUGCUUUCUCAACCCCUUUUGGAGAAGGUAUAAAUACACAGGCACCAUAUCAUCCAACUAGUGGAGGGCCAGUCAGGUGUAUACUGGAAAUUUACCACAGCUGUUCCAAGGUUGGACUUGCCUUAGAGACUCAGCAGUCAUACAACACCUGCACAAACAAGCAAUUCAAUAACAACAACAAAGGUCAGGCACUCAGAAUUCCUGCACAUGCCACAACUGCAACAACAAACAAAAGCACCAUGCAACAUCAAAAGGAAUCCAUAUUGCACAGGAUCACAGCAAAUAUAGUAGAGGCAAAUCCCAAGAAGGAUACAGAAAAUACUAUAUUUGCACAACCAAAGAAGUUUCAUCUCCAACGGAUAAUUGGAGACGUUAGUCGAGCGACCUUGAAAAUGUGCAGGUACCCUAAGGAGCUGAUCAUGAGUAAUGAUCUCCUCCUGAAGAUAGCUUGCAACAACAUACAACUGAACAAUUCCACUAGCUGGCUAUAG